UUGUGUAUACGUUUAUAUUAUAUUAAUAAUAAUGUAUCGAUACUAUUAAAUAUUUUUGCACGAAUUUAUUGAUAUUAUUCAUGAAUUAUAUAGCAUCCGCAAAAAUUUAUGUCGCUUCUUUAUCAUGGUGACAUGUUAAUAAAUAAAACAGUGUUGAAUCAUUCUUUUAUCAUAUAGGUAUUUUAAUUAAAAAGUUAAAAUGAAGGAUAUAAUAGCUGACUUACCAAAAGGACCUUUAGAUCCUUAUAGAAAAUGUGCAACUUUCGAUUGGAAAUUAUUGAAAUUCAACUUAGAAGGAGAGGAUUUUGUAAAGUUUCAGAAAACUUUGUGGGAUUUUAUAAAAACGUCACCAAUAUUUCAAAACCAUGUCUGUGAUACAUUAGAUGAACAACGAAAACUUUGUAAUGCUCGUGUUCGAGCAUUAAAGGAUAACAAUAUUGCAAAUCCAUUAAUCCAUAGACAUUGGUUUACUAUAAUAUAUCAAUAUGAAGCUUCUAUACCGAUAAAAAUGGGUGUGAUGGAUGGUAUGGUUCCAAUUACAAUUCUUGCUUUAGGCACACAAGAUCAUUAUGACACGGUAACAAAAAUUCAAAACGGACAAUACACAUGUUGUUUUGCACUGACGGAAAUAUCGCAUGGAACGAAUGCGAAAGGAAUAAGAACUACAGCUACGUAUGAUGUGAAAUCGAAGAGUUUUGUCUUGAAUACUCCUGACUUUGAAGCUGCAAAAUGUUGGGUUGGUGGUUUAGGAAAAACUGCAACUCAUGCUAUUGUAUUUGCUCAAUUAAUUACACCAGAUAAACAAAAUCAUGGACUUCAUACAUUUAUUGUACCCAUUAGAGAUCCAAAUACUCAUAUACCUUACCCAAAUAUAAAUGUUGGAGACAUGGGUGAAAAAAUUGCGUUAAAUGGAGUAGACAAUGGAUUUAUGAUGUUUCAUAAUUAUUACAUUUCUCGAACAUGUUUAUUAAAUAAAACAGCAAAUGUUACCGAAGAUGGAAAUUAUACAGCAUCUGUAAAGGAUAAAAGUAAACGAUUUGGUGCAUCCUUGGGUGCAUUAUCUUCGGGACGUAUUACCAUUACAUCAUUAUGCUCAAACUUUACAUCUGUUGCAAUAACCAUUGCUAUACGAUAUUGUGCCGUAAGGAAACAAUUCGGACCAUCGGAAUUUGAGGAAUGGCCAGUUAUAGAAUAUCAAGCGCAGCAAUGGCGAUUGUUUCCUCACUUGGCAGCAACAUAUGCUAUAAAAAUAUUUUCUGUUGCAUUUGUAAAUCAAAUGUUCGAAUUUAAUUUGAAACUUAUUACAAUAAAUGCAAAAAAUCAAGAUAAUAUCGAUAGUGAAGGUAUGGAAAUACAUGCACUAUCUUCUGCAACGAAGCCCGUGUGUUCAUGGACUAGUCGGGAUAUUAUUCAGGAUUGUAGAGAAUCUUGUGGAGGACACGGUUAUCUUAAAAUUUCUCGUUUGGGUGAUCUAAGAGCUGAGAAUGAUGUAACUUGUACAUUUGAGGGCGAAAAUAAUGUACUAAUUCAGCAAGCAAGCAAUUGGUUAUUAAACCAAUGGUCAAAUGUACUCAGUGGAAAAUCUAUAAAUUCUCCAUUAAAAACGGCAGAUUUCAUGAAAGAUGCUAAUAAUAUUUUAAUACAAAAAUUUUCUUAUACAACGGUCGAUGAUAUAUUAAAACCAGAAAAUUUAUUUUUAUCCUUUACAUGGUUAUUAUGUUAUUAUUUAAAAAGAACAUAUGAACAAACACAAAACUUAAAACGCAAAGGUUGUGAUGAUUUUGAUAUAAGAAAUAAUACACAAGUAUUUUUUGCACAAACAUUAUCUAUAUUAUACGGACAGCAUGUGAUAAUGAAGUAUUUUAUAGAAUGUAUACAAAAUCCUUUGUGGAGAUCAGAAGAACGUAAUAUAUUGACAAAAUUAUGCUCGCUUUAUGGAGCAGUUAUUUUAGAAAAAAGAUUAGGAGACUUUUACGCUGGUGGUUAUGCAUCGACUAAAAGUAAUAUGGAUAGAUUAUUACGAGAAGGCAUCAUAAUUUUAUGUAAGCAAUUAGUUCGAGAAGCAGUAGCGUUAGUUGAUGUUUUAGCACCGCCGGAUUUUAUCUUAAAGUCUCCAUUAGGAAUGGCUGAUGGUCAAGUAUACAAACAUAUUAAAGAAGAAAUAUUCAAGCAUAAAGAAAACUUCGAACGACCAUCAUGGUGGAGAGAAAUAAUACGAUCAAAAUUAUGAUAUGUAUAUAGCAUGUAAUUAAUUUUGUUGUUAUAUUUUUAAUAUUUUCUAUUAUGAAAAUUAUACAUUUCCGGACAAUAAAAAUUUAUUA